GGGCGUGUGGACGUGUUCCUCGUACCCCAACGCCAGUCUCCCGCGUUCCGUGAUAAUAAAAAAUAAAUAACAUCACAGAAUAAAGUACUACAAUCUUUUUAUUCGGUGCACGCGUAUUUAACGAACUGUGUGUUCAAUUACUGCAAAUGUGGAUUACGAAUGAACGGUACAAAGAAAACAGCGCGACAUAUUGUGACAGCGGCACACAAUGACGAACUAGUGUUGUGACUGUGUCGAUAAUUCUAUCGAUACUAUGCCGCAGUGGUGGCUUGCGUUCAUACUGCCGCUGGCUGCAGCGGCAGUGCUGCCCAGUGACACAGAUGGGUGCCAUCCGGACAAAAUGACAGUUUAUCGAAUGGUGCUGCACACGUAUUGGACUCGGGAAAAAUUCCCGAAACACUAUCCGGACUGGAGGCCACCAGCACAGUGGUCAAAGAUUUAUGGUGUGUCGCACGACCGUUCGUACGUGUUGUUCCGCUUGGGCAAACGUGUGUCGUCUCCCGUUCGACAGUUCGCCGAAUCUGGGCGUUCGGACGCGCUCGGUUCGGCUCUAGGCACACUCGAUGUGUUUGGAGCACCGGCGGUGACACAAGGCGCCGGGAGGACCGAAGCCGAAUUUUUUGUCGAUGGAAAUCAUUCUAGGGUAUCAGUAAUGGCGCGGAUGAUACCAUCUCCGGAUUGGUUCAUUGGGAUCGAUAGCUUCGAUCUCUGCGUUGAUGGAAAUUGGCUCGAUAGCAUCACUAUUGAGGUGGAUCCUCUCGAUGCGGGAACAGACAACGGGUUCACAUUCACAGCGCCAAACUGGCCGACUGCUCCCCAAGGAGUGGCCUAUCGCAUCACCUCGAAGUACCCGUCACAUCCUGCUGGAUCUUUCCUCUAUCCACAUCUCAGGAGAUUGCCACCGAUUGCGACCUUCCAGUUUAUCAAGCUACGAGAAUACGAGGUCACAGAAGUAUUUCACCGGAGCAGUGACGACCAACGAUACGAUGUACUCCAAUUGGACAAACUUAGUCACAAUAAUAUCGAUGUCCUUGAUGGCAACAGGGCGUUGUCCAUCGCAGAGGAAGUGGAACGAGCUGAACAGGCACCGAGGAUAUACGCCGAAGGCACUUUGACUACACCUAAUGUUUCAUAUUCUUACUAUUCUAUUGCAAACACAUCAAUUAGUACAACGGCAGAGCCUCGUUCAGCCAACGAAUUGCCAACAUCAGGGCCUACGGCGAGCCAGAGAUCAGCGCUCCGUAGCCUCGCAAGGCGGUACCGCGCAAGACGGCGACGCAAGCUGCGCGCUGAUAAUGCUGACCCGGCUGAGCGGAGGAAACGAAAAAGAGCAAGGUUACUUGACUGCCGGGUGUCAGACUGGGGUGAAUGGAGUCUAUGCCGAAGCGAUGGCGGCUGCGUAGGCUCAGCAGUACGAACACGAAGAGUCAUCCGCCGACAACGACCUGGCGGUAAUCCCUGCCCACCUACUGCACAAUCGAGAUGGUGUGCGACUAACUGUACCUCUCCUUUAGUGCAGCAAGAAGAUUGGCAAAACAAUUUAACGUAAUUCUCGACUCGAAUGCCGAAUGGUUUAUUUCUUGAAUCCGUAAGGAAACGACGUCACUUUACAAGUGAUCAUUAUUCUUUCAAAUUUAAUGUGCUCUUUCCUUUUUAUUAGCAUCUGUGUCUGUCCGUCCAAUGGUAUCGUUGUUUUUUUUCUUCCUCUUCUAAUUGGAAUCGUUUGAAUGUAAAUUCGAGGUGUGUAAAAAUUAAUCAAUAAAAAUGUUGUAUAAAUUAAAAAUUAUUAAGAGAUGACUGUCGAUGUUUGGAAUAAAUAGAAUUUGGUUGAUUUCAGCUGUACCUAUGUGAGCUUCUUGGAUUUUUUUCAUUUCUUUGUCAAUUAUCGUUAUUAUAAGCCUUAGUGAUAAGCAGAUAUGUGGCACUUACCUUUAUAUUACAUCCUUUGUCAAGAUCAACGUUCGAUCCAAAAUCAUAUACAUUAAACAUCCAAACGGUACAUUAUGUUUGUUUUCGUGCAGAAGUUCUAUAGAAUAAUAAAUUUCUCUGACCUAGAUAAUUUUAUUUUCACUUCUGUGCAAAUUAUGUGGUCUUGUGCUGUAAUAGUGAAUAGAUGUUGUUCAUUUAAUGUUUGUAAUUUACUAGUUUACUCGUCCCUGAUAAUACUUUGGGAGAUGUGUUGAUAUUGACUGUUGUUUAUUGCAUUUCUAAAACUAUGGAGACAUUAUAGAGAUCAAUGUGCUAAAUAUACAAAAUUGAAAUGUUAUUAAUAAUUUUGACUACCUUCUUCCAAAUAAACUCGUGUAUACUAUGUGCAAUGAACACUAGUCAAUUGACAACGGUGUCAAAAACGGCUUUUUGAAUAUUGUCUUUAUAAAUAGCUACAAAAUACAUAUCGAGUACAUAAGAAACUUAAAUUACGUGACAGAAACUCAAUAAAUGUGUAGUUAAUUGUUUUAGUCGAUGUAAAAUCCAAAGAUGCUGGUAUUAUUUUUCGUAUUAUUAAUUGUAUAAACGUUUAAAUGUAGAUACGUCUGUCUAUAUAAGAUUACCUUUUAGCUAGGUAAAGCCUUCUGUGACUAUUACCUUUUCAUUUCAGCCAUAUUAUCUAUUAAGUCUUCUUAAUUAGUCUUGGGAAUGGAUCUUAACUGACAGAGUUAAUUUUAUGUCGACAUUAUUUGAUGAAAUAGUUCUCUCUAGUUAAUUAGGAGCAAUGAUAUUAUACUUGUUGAUGCUCACUGAUUAGGAGAAUGACAUACAAAGAACACUUCUGAAACAAAGUACAUUUAUGAAAGUUUUAUAAUAUUCUGACAAACAAAGGCUAAUAAAGCGUACAAUUAGCCAUUAAUAAAAAAAUAUAUAAUAAAAAGUAUUUACUAUUCCCCAGCAAAAUAACAUAGGACACAAAACCGCCAAAGAUAACUUAUUCCUGCAUUCGUAUAGCAUUGAGAAAGGCGUAAUUUAUAAUACGGUCAAGUUUGGUUUCAGAACUUAAGAAAUAAGAAACCAAUUGCAGUGGAACGCAUCUAUAGUUAGUUUUUCUAGUUCUCGAGUGUACGACGUCGUUCUCAAACCAAUCCCAAGAUUUUUAUUUUAUGUAUUCUAUUGAAAUGAAAUG